AUGAGCUCUCUAGGGGAUCAGGUACGGGACUGGCAUCAGGGCGUACUGGCCGUGGCACGCCAAGACUGGGAUCGCGCCCUGUGCCUCUUCUCAGAUGUCCAGGAGCCGCGGGCCAAGAUGUACUUCAACAUGGGCUGCGUGCGACUGAUGGCGGGGGAUCCCGAGGCUGCGUUGCGGGCAUUUGACCAAGCAGUGACCAAGGACCCCUGCAUGGCUGUUGGCUUCUUCCAGCGGGGAGUGGCCAAUUUCCAGCUGGAGAGGUUCCAGGAGGCUGUGUCUGACUUCCAGCUGGCCCUGGCACAGCUGAGAGGCAAUGCUGCCAUUGACUACACUCAACUGGGUCUGUACUUCAAACUGCAUGCCUGGGAGGUCUUGUACAACACGGCAUCAGCACAGUGCCAGGUAGGGCUCUGGACCAAGGCUGCUGAUACUCUAGUGGAAGCAAUCUCCAAAUGGCCAGAGGGCGCCCAAGAUAUCCUGGACACUGCCCUGGACCAAGUACGGAAACAGGUACCCCUGCAGCUGCAGCAAGUCCCCAAGGGUGAGGUCUUCCAGCCUCCCAGGCAAUACCUACAGCAUCUGGAGCCCAUGGAUUUCCUCGGCAAGGCUAAGGUGGUGGCUUCUGUUAUCCCUGACAACCGCACCUCAGACGGCUGGCCUCAGAAGAGGUCCCAGAUGGAGCAAGUUGACCAUCAGUCUUCUGCGUCUGUGGGUAAGAGAAUCCCGAGCAAUAGAGGUGGUCACAUGAGCCGUGCUCAAUGCUACAGCUUGCUGGCAUCCAGAGGGCCAGACCCAGGCCCCCCUGAAGACUCCUCAGGAGCUGGGGCAGCAGCUACUGAGGACCCUGAAUCCCUGGUGACUGUCACUGUGCAGUGCCACCUUACUGUGCCCUUGAAGGCCCCAAGAGGCACUGACCUGUCCAGCCUACGAACACUGCUGGCUCAAGCCCUCCUUCACCAGGCCCAGAGGGGGCAGCUCAGUUACCAGGCCCCACGAGAGAAGUUCUGGAUCCCAAUCUCCACGGAGGACUCACUGCAGAGUGCAUGGAAGAAUGUGGCCGUGGGCUCACGAGGGUUGCGUCUCCGGUGCCGGGGGGCCUGGGGGCGACCAGUCCUCUACCAGGUAGUGGCUCGGCACAGUUACGCAGCCCGAAGGCCUGAGGAUUUGGACUUCCGCCAGGGGGACACAGUGGAUGUUCUGUGUGAAGUGGACGAAGCUUGGCUGGAGGGACACCGAGACGGCUGCAUAGGCAUUUUCCCCAAGUGCUUUGUGGUCCCAGCUGGUGCCUGUGUGGAAGCCGGAGCUGUUCCAGGACCCAAGCCAGGAGACCAGCACUAG